CUCUUGCGCUCACCCCUCAAGCACGAUUCCCUUCGCACCCCUCGCUCGGCGGCACUAUGUUGGAUACCUUCGAGAUCCUGACCACGUCCGGUGUCGUGCUGUGGUCGCGCACCUAUGUUCCCGUCGGCGCGAAUAUCAUUAACAGCCUCAUCCGCGACGUCUUCAUCGAGGAGCGCAUACAGCCACAGUCUGAGGAUGCGGGCUCGAAACCGACAUACAGGAAGGAGGGUUAUACGCUAAAGUGGACGGCUGCAAAGGAUCUGGGGCUUAUAUUUGUGGCCGUGUACCAAUCGCUCGUGCACUUGACCUGGAUAGACAGGCUCCUCGAUAACGUGCGCGCACUCUUUGUCGGUCUCUAUGGCGAGCAGUUGAAGAAGGAGCAUACCAGCGUGGUAAACUGCGACAAAUUCGGGCCAUAUUUCGAGCGGCAGAUCCAAGAGCUGGAGGGCCAGAGCGAUGCCGCUUCCUCGUCAACUACCGCGCCGAAUGUGAAGCUCACCCCUCCGAGCACCGAUAAUGACAGUGCGGAAGAGAACGCGCCGCAGCCGCCUGUUCUACACAAACCCCAACUGCCGCUCUACGAUACGUCGGUGGAUUCGACUCCAGUUCCUACCCCUGAUACGUCGAGACCGACCACACCUGCGCAGAAUAACCACUUAGUGACUGGGAAGUCGAGACCCGGAGGGAAGCUCUCAAGAAGAGACAGGAAGAAGGCGGCGGCUGUGAACUCGGCCCCGGUAUCGUCAGGCGACGAGGCUACCGCAAAGCGGAAAGGCAAGAGCUCGGCCAAGAGAAACAGAGUGUGGGGAGAAUUCGGUGCUGAAGAGGAGGAUCCGUCCAUGGUGCUAGACUAUUCACGAACAGACAUAAAAGACGACGCUUCAGAGAACGAAGUUCUCGAGGAGAUCAAGCCCGAGACGUGGGGCCGCAAGUCUGGAAACCAGUUUGUGCUGAAGGAUUUAGAUGAGGAGAUGGAUGCCAUAAUAUCAGAACAGAACGCAAAGAAGGGAGGCUCAACAUCAUCGGGCGGAAUUGUCGGAUCUAGCUUGGGUGCGAUAGGGGGACUCUUCAGAAACGUGGUUGGCGGGAAGACACUGACGCAGGAAGACCUCGCAAAGCCCUUAAAGGGCAUGGAGGAGCACCUACUGAAGAAGAAUGUCGCUCGAGAGGCUGCAGUGCGGUUGUGCGAGAGCGUGGAACGAGAUCUCGUGGGCCUGAAGACGAGCUCGUUUACCACGGUCGAAUCUACCAUCCGCACUUCCAUGGAAAAGGCCCUCACCAAGAUUCUCACACCUACCUCAUCUCUGGAUCUCCUCCGCGAAAUCCAGACCACAAACGCUUCCGGUCGCCCAUAUGUCCUCUCUAUCGUCGGGGUGAACGGUGUCGGAAAGUCUACAAAUCUGUCAAAAAUCGCCUUCUUCCUCUUGCAGAACCACCACCGUGUGCUCAUCGCUGCUGCAGACACAUUCCGCUCCGGCGCUGUUGAGCAGCUGGGCGUUCACGUGCGGAAUCUCAAGGAGCUAAGUAAGCGCGAGGGAGGCGAGGUCGAUAUCUUCGAGAAAGGAUACGGCAAAGAUGCCGCGAAUAUCGCUGCCGACGCCGUGACUUACGCAGCGAAGAACGAUUUCAAUGUCGUUCUCAUUGACACAGCAGGCCGAAGGCACAACGACCAGCGUCUUAUGUCUUCUCUCGAGAAAUUCGGAAAGCUCGCCAAACCAGACAAGAUCUUGAUGGUCGGUGAGGCGCUCGUAGGCUCGGAUGCCGUUGCCCAAGCGCGCAACUUCAACGCGAGCUUUGGACCUGGGAGAGGUCUAGAUGGCUUCGUGAUCAGCAAGUGCGAUACCGUGGGCGAUAUGGUGGGCACGUUGGUUAGUAUGGUGCAUGCUACGGGCAUUCCGGUCGUGUUUUUGGGCGUGGGGCAGCAUUAUGCUGAUCUAAGGGGCCUGAAUGUUGGGAGUGUGUGUAGGUUGUUGAUGAGCUAGAGGAUGGAUUUCAGUGGACAUGUGAUACCUGUGGAGCUCUCUCAGAAAUGGCAGAGGAUGGUGCGCUUGGCUUAUUAGCGGCGGUUGCGUUCUAGCCUUUUUUUGUAGACGCUCUCGCUUGCGUGGAGGCACAGGCCGCUUGUAAUGAUUGCGUGUAUGGAAUGAAACUACUUUGACCCUGU